AUGCUCCUGAAGGCGGCAGGUGGCUCUGCACUGAAGAAUGAGAAGCUGCAGCUCUUUGUUAGCUCUGGGAAUGAGAAUAAGAACCAGACCUUCCUGACGGACGAGUCUGGCAGAGCCUCCUUCAAGCUGGACACCUCCGGCUGGACCGGGUCGGUCACUCUGAGGGGGCACUUCAAGCAGGUGAAUCGCAGUGCUGAGCAUGACAGAGUCUCUCCCAGUUACUUGGAUGCCCCUCAUUACCUGAAGCCCUUCUACUCCAAGAGCCAGAGUUUCCUGAAGAUCCGCUGGCUGGGAGGGGUGCUGCCCUGUGACCAGGCCCAGCAGCUCCAGGUGGAUUACAUCAUUGCUAGGGAGGUCCUGGGGAACGAGUCCAGGAGCCUGGAUUUCAUCUUCCUGGUCGUGGCCAAGGGAGCCAUCGCCAGGGUCCUCCACAAGGGGCUGGACCUCAGGGAGGGGGCUGGGCUGAAGGGCUCCUUCUCUGUGGAGCUGCCCAUCGGCGCUGACCUGGCGCCCGCUGCCACGGUGCUGGGUUACACGGUGCUGCCCGAUGGCGAGAUGGCUGCCGACAGCGCCCGACUGCAUGUGGCCAAGUGCUUCCCAAACAAGGUGAAGCUGGCCUUCUCGCAGGACCGGGCCCUGCCGGGCUCAGAGCUCCAGCUGCGGCUGCAGGCUGCCCCCGGGUCCCUGUGCGCCGUCCGCGCCGUGGAUCAGAGCGUGCAGCUCAUGAAGCCCGAGGCCGAGCUCAGCGUUGAUACGGUCUAUAACCUGCUCCCGUAUUUUCCCAGAGGAGACUAUCCCGCCGCAGUGCGAGAGCCUGUGUUAUGUGGUGUUUCGGGUGCUCAAGGAAUAGUUCAUCACUGCCACGCCUUAGGUCCCAGCUGGAGGUGUCGCAGAGGGAUUAGCAGCUGGACUCCCACACUGACUAAUGCCUACAGCCUGUUUAAG